UGGGGUUAUGUUUUCAAAACAAGCAAAAAGCAAACACUCAACCUGUGCACUCAACUCAACAAAAACCAACAACAGUGAGAGAUUAUUGAAAACUACUUAGGUAAUUUAAUAGAAAACGCUCGAGAAAACGUUAAUGAGAAUUCUUCAAAGUUCAAUUUCACAAUAAUAACAUGAAAGGUGAUAAUAGCAAUAAAAAGGACUCAAAGGAGAAGAUUGCAGUUCCAAAAUAUGGGUUCAAAGUGAACUUAGAUCAUGAAUACCCAGAACCACGGACCCCCAAUUUCGUUCCUUCUUUUAGGAUUAUCUGGGACCUUCUACCUAUGAUUAUGAGAUACCUCUGGUACUACAUAACGUAUAAAAUCAGAGGAAAAUCAAUCGUUAUGGAUUACGUUAACUUGCAAAGAGGGAAGAUGAUUUACGGUGUUCCACUUGGUGGAAUAGGAUCUGGAACUAUAGGCAGAGGAUAUAAAGGGGAAUUUUGCAGAUUUCAAUUGAGGCCUGAUCUGUGUGAAUACAAUACCGUAGAUGCAAAUCAGUUUAUUGUGACUAUUAAAGAUGAGAACCAGGAUACUAUAUUUCAGAGUUGUUUAUCAACAUACAAAAAAAAAUCCUUAAGUUCGUGGAAAAGUCUGCUCGAUGGUAGCAAAUGCAAAUAUACAGGCUUAUAUCCCAGAGCUUGGACAGAAUACGACUUAUCAAAAUAUGGUGUUAAGCUCACUUGUAGACAAAUUAGCCCAGUGAUUCCUCAUGAUUAUGAGAGCAGCUGCUUGCCAUGUGCAGUAUUUGUAUGGGACAUAGAAAAUAUUGGCGAUGAAGAAAGAUCUGUGACAAUAUCGUUGACUUUUAAAAGUGGUACUGGAACUAAGAAACUAGAUAAAGAAUCCACAAGUUCUUCAAAAUGCUUUGCCUAUCAAAAUUUGGAAGGUGUAAUUUUGUAUCAUGCGUUGGAAAAAAUGCUAUGUGCCUAUACUUUAGCUAUUAAAUCCACAGAUAAAGUUAACGUUUCGAAAUGCUUAUACUUUAAUCCAAACUCGAACGGAUCUACAAUAUGGGACCAACUAAAUCAAAAUGGAGAGUUUGAAAAAGUUUCAAAAAAAUCUCCAAGAACUCGUCACACGUUUGGCGAAAUGGCCGUAGCAGUGGCAGGGAAAACCAAAAUUUCGACGCAAAGUAAACAAAGUAUAGAAAUGGUUUUGGCAUGGGACAUGCCCAAUAUCAUCUACCCCGUAGAUCAAAAAAAAUACUCCAGGUUUUACACUGAGCAAUUUGGUAAAGAGAAUGCUGCUCUAAAGAUUGUCGAUUUUGCAAUGGAAAAUUAUGAAAAAUGGGAGGAUGGAAUAUUCAAUUGGCAAAAGCCAGUAUUAGACGACAGUGAACUACCAGACUGGUACAAAUCAGCACUAUUCAACGAAUCAUAUUUUAUAAGUGAUGGAGGCACGAUGUGGCUCUCUGUAGAUGACGAAUUAAAGAAACAGCUCAGUGACAGCGACCCUAGGAAAACCUUUGGUAGAUUCGCCUACCUAGAAGGCCACGAAUACCGCAUGUACAACUCGUACGAUGUACACUUUUACGCCUCUCAUGCGCUCAGCAAAAAUUGGCCCGAAUUACAGAAAAGUCUUCAUUAUGACUUGAGGGAUUAUGUAUUUUUGGAACUACCUGAUAAAAUGAAGAUGUUGUAUAAUGGAGAUGUGGUGGAAAGGAAGAAACCGGAUAGUGUACCGCAUGAUGCUGGGGAUCCAGGUGAAAGUCCGUUUACAUUGAUAAACUCUUAUCCCAUACAUGACGUGAGCAACUGGAGAGAUUUGAACCCGAAAUUUGUGUUGCAAACUUAUAGGGAUGCUACCACUACUGGUAAAAUUAACGUACAAUAUGUCCAAGACAUGUAUAAGGCUUGUGAUACAGUAAUGCGCAAAUCACUCGUUUAUGAUAUUGAUAAUGACGGACUAAUUGAGAAUUCGGGCGAGCCGGAUCAGACUUUCGACAGUUGGGUUAUGAUCGGAUCAAGUUCUUAUUGUGGUGGUCUUUGGCUAGCCGCCCUUUAUGCCAUGACACAAAUGGCAGAAUGUUUACAAAAAUUAGACGACGAAAAGUUUUACAAAAAAAUACUGAAAAAAGGCGUUGCGUCUUUCAACAAAAAACUCUGGAACGGAAAGUAUUAUAAUUUCGAUUGUUCGGAAAAUCAAAGUCGCAGCGUUAUGGCGGACCAGCUUAAUGCUCAAUGGUAUUUGGGGUGUAUUGGAGAUGGAGGAAAAUAUCCGGUAUUUCCAAAAGUCAACGUCCAAAGUGCUCUUAGGUCAAUUUAUGAAAACAACGUACUGUGUUUCUGUGAAGGUAGCAUGGGGGCCGUGAAUGGAUUCAUAAAUGGCCAAGUAGAUACCGUAACUGUUCAAAGUCAAGAAGUAUGGACUGGAGUGACUUAUGCUUUAGCCGCAACUAUGAUACAAGAAGGCAUGAUAGAAGAAGGUUUCAAAACUGCAGGAGGAAUGUUUCAAUCGAUGACUGAACGUUUCGGAAUGAUUUUCGAUACUCCAGAAGCGCUCUAUUGUGAAUCACAUUAUAGAGCAAUUGGCUAUAUGAGGCCUUUGAGUAUUUGGUCUAUGCAGUUGGCUUGGGAGAAAAGAAAAUUGGUUGUUGGUUGAAAAGGGGAUGAUUGAUUUUUAUUCUCAGCUUUUCUAUCAUCAUUAGUGAGUAUUUGAUUUGUUUUUUUGUUAAAUUUGAUAAUUUUUAAUUAUGUAUAACCACAGUAUUUAUUGCAAAAUGUUAGUAUUAUUAUCGUUGAUUUGAAAUUUUAUUUAUCAUUUUAUUUUGUAAAAAAAUAUUUAAAAUAAAGAGAAACUAGGUACA